CCCCCCCCCCUCCUUCCACACACACAUACACACUCACAGCGCAACAGCUCAUUCAUCUGCCGGUCAGCUGUCGCACGCCUUGGCGCGCUUUCGCUGGGAGCUUUCGUGCGCGGUGAAAGCUCUCAGCAUAUGCAGAGGCGUAGCUGAAACUUUGCCUCAGCCAUGUGUAGCUUGGGUGGGGCGGCAUGGUACGCCACUGGCGCAGCAUAAGCAUUGUGGAGCAGCACGUUUCCAUAUGAUUUUCAGUUUUGUUUGUGUCUGUGUCCACGGCAGACCGCAGCAGUAGCAACAAUAUUUUAUAAUCAUUUUUAUGUGUGUUUCAAGUGCAGUGAAUUAAUAAAAUUAUUAUUAUCAUAAUUAAUAGUAAUAAAAUAAACCAAAAACAAUUAUUUUCGCCGUAGAGGAUCUGGAUAGUACGUACCAUGAGCAAAACGCAUCGGGAUCAUAAGAUCGUUAUUAUCGGCGCCGGAGCAUCGGGUGUUGCGUGCGCCACCAAGCUGCUGGAAUAUGGCUUCCAGAAUGUGCUGAUCGUUGAGGCCGAGUCGCGUCUGGGCGGUCGCAUACACACGAUACCCUUUGGCGAGAAUGUGAUCGAUCUGGGCGCCCAAUGGUGCCACGGCGAGCAGGACAACAUUGUCUACGAGCUGGCCAGCCAGCACCAGCUGCUCGAGUCCACGGGACCCGUCUACGAGAACUAUCAGUGUGUGCGCAGCAAUCGCGAGGUGCUGCCGGACAACAUCGCCAGUCGGCUGAAGGCGAUUGUCGGAGAUUCGCUGGUCACACGGCAGCUGGAGCUGCAGCACUGCAGCGGCUCCCUGGGCAGCUAUUUGUCCAGCAAGUUCUACGAGAUGCUGCGCCGGCCGGAGAACGCCGACAUUGAUCCGAUCAUUGCGGGCGAAUUCUUUGACAAUUAUCAGAAGUUCGAGAAUUCGGUGGAGGCAUCCGACACCCUCGAGGAGGUGUCGGGACGUGGCUAUCUGGACUAUUGGGAGUGCGAGGGCGACAUUCUGCUCAACUGGAAGGACAAGGGCUUUGUCGAGCUGUUGCGUCUCCUCACGCGCAGUCGGGAGCUGCAGACAAGCUCGGAUCUGGGCAUACUCGAGCAGCGGGUGCUCUUCAAUCGGCGCGUCACCAAAAUCAAUUGGAAUCGCAACGAUGCUCGGGUCGAGCUGCAGCUGAACAAUGGCGAAUCCUGCCUGGCAGAUCAUGUGAUAGUCACCGUUUCGCUGGGCGUGCUCAAGGAGCAGCAUUUGCAGCUGUUCGAGCCGCAGCUGCCGGUGGCCAAGCAGCGGGCUAUCCAGGGAUUGGCCUUUGGCACCGUCAACAAGCUGUUUGUCGAGUUCCCCGAGGCCUUUUGGCCCGACGAUUGGACGGGCUUUACGCUGCUGUGGCGUCAACAGGAUCUGGCCGAUAUACGCAAUACAUCGCUCGCCUGGCUAGAGGAUGUCUUUGGCUUCUAUCGCGUCAGCUAUCAGCCACGCGUCCUGGCCGGCUGGAUCAUAAAUGCCAAUGGCCGGCACAUGGAGUCACUGCAGCCGGCCGAGAUUCUCGCCGGCUGCAUGUAUCUCUUCCGGCGCUUCCUGCACUGGCACAUACCCGAGCCGCUCAGCUUUCGCAGCUCCGCCUGGUAUACAAAUCCGCAUUUCCGUGGCUCCUACUCCUUUCGCUCCAUGGACACGGAACGCCUCGGUACCGGCGCCAGCGAUCUGGCCCAGCCAUUGACGGUGGUUGCCAUGACGCCGCCGUCGCCGGGACGCAGCAAAAUGCUGGUGCCACCGCAGAGCCGCUGUGACAAGCCAAUUGUCCAGUUCGCCGGCGAGGCCAGCAGCGAACAUUACUACUCAACGGUUCACGGUGCUGUCGAGGCCGGUUGGCGCGAGGCCAAGCGAUUGGCGGACUUUUAUGGCCUCAGCGUGGCGCCGGCCAAGUCGCAGCUAUAACAUCAGGAGUCGGCGCGAGCCUAUUUU